AUUUUUUAUUAUUUUUUGCUUUUUCUAUUGUGUGGACAAGAUAAUUUACACAAUUGAUUGAUGAUGUUUUACUUUUAAAUCCAAAAGAGUAUUGUGAUAAUAUGUUUCUAUCCUGACUAAAUUUAACUAUUUCGCGUUUAAUUUGUUAAUUGUUUUUAAAAAUACUGGAAUGAGGCAAAUGGGUCUAUAUGAGCUAGGCAAAUUUUCGUCUUUUCCGGGUUUUAGAAUAGCUACUGUUUUUAUGAUUAACCAACUUUCAGGGAUGUUUAGGCUCUGUAAAACUUCGUUACACAUAUUUGUAAUUACUGUAAUCAAGUCAAGGUUUAAGUUUUCGAGAAUAAAGUAGGAAACGGAGUCGUAACCAGGUGCUGAACUGUCUUUUUUAGAUUUGAUUGUGUUCACUAAUUCAGAUACCGAUAAUUUUAACGGGUUUAAAGAGAUAAUUCUAUUGUCAUACACGCACAGAAAAUUGGUGAGGUUGGAUCAACAAAUCUGAUUGUUGAAUUCAACUUUACGAAGAUUGUUGAAAUAAUAAUCACACUGUUUCGAACCAACAAACACAUCUUGUCAAGCUAACAUCGAUGUUAGUCGAUUCAACAAACCGGUUUGUCGAAUGUGUUUUGUUUUUUUUAAGCGUGCACAAAAAUCACAGUGUAAUUGUUUACCGGUGAAAAAAUGAGUGAGCAAGAGAUAAACAAAACGGAAGCGCUUUCCGAGGAAAUCCUGGAGGGAGAUGUCCAACAGUUAGAUCCCGGCGAACUUGAGGUAGUCAAUUUGUUACAGGAAUUCGAUGUGAGCUUCGAGAUUAUCGCAACAUUUCUCACAAACAAAUACUCGCUGUCGACGCUUCGAAUCAUUGAGCGGGCGGAAAUUGAAGAGCUCAUUCCGGUUCCGCAUCUUGCAGAAAGAACCAAGGUCAUCCACGGACUGAACAAGUGGCGUUGUAGUCAGGGACUUCCGCCGAUAUCACAUCCAGCUGUUCCUGUCCAACACGUAGAGAAAGACAAGAAGAAAGAAGUAUCUCGAGAAGAGUGUUCAGCUACCUACCUCCUCACCAACUCCGCAAGAGGCAGAGCGAUAAUUGACAGCUACAAAUCAUCGGACCACAAGCUCUUGUCACGCACGGAUAAGGCGUCCAUCACCCGAAUCGUCGUAGAUGAGUUCAUCGACAGAUUUUCAAAGCUAACAUCCGCUGAACUGAAAUCGAGAGCAUCGGAGUUAUUCCAGCUGUUUCCAACUAUUCCAGAGGUACUUUUAAGAAAUUUAUUGAUUAAGACUAAGUUAAUCAGUGAUUUUGUCAGUGGUUCGCUCAUUUGUUUUAAUUUGAUUUUGAUUCAAAACAUUUGUGUAAUGCCUUUCUUACAGCAUACGUGGUUCGAGCCAAGCAGCUACAAAAACGCAUCUGGACACACAAUCAAAAGGAGAUUCGCGCGAGGUUGUCUAUACGACCGGAACAUCAACGUAUGGAAGAGAAUAGUGAAGAUCCAACCGCCGGUAAUUAACCGCACGGACGAAGCUGGACCCAGUCCGAAAAGCGUCAUCGGAAUCACCGAAACACAAGUGGAAGAGUACCGAAAGUUAAAGCAAUGGUUCAUUCACAAUCAAGACGAGUGGGAAGAUCUGCGUGCAAAAUGGAAAGCGACAAGUCAAAUUCGUCUACUGGAGCUUUCAAGAGCCGAUAACCGAACGUGUGAAUCAAUCGUUGCCGAAUAUCCUACUCUCAAGCACCACCACGGGUAUCAGUUAAUUCAAAUAGAUUUUGAAGAAAGAUUUCCUGAAAAAACGACAAGCCUCUUCGACCAUUGGGAUAGCUUUGCCAGCGGCGUCAGGAGGAUUUUUGAGCUGGAAAUACUGGAUGCCGAAGGUAAAGGGCUAUUAGAGACAAUCGCAGAUGAGAAGUGCUCGAAGGAUGUGAGGAAUAUCUCCAUUGUUUCCCUUUUGGCUCAUCUACUGGCGUGUAAACACCCUGUCGGAAACCAAACCAAUUCCAGACAUUGGAAACCCUCGAUAGUCGAGACGAAAGAAGCCGUUCUCCUAAGUGUCACCAAUUUCAAUCAGCUGGAAGGAGACUUGGCACGGUUGACGAACAGGUGCUUCGAAAAAGGUUUACCGUUUACUCCAAUCAUAAUCGUUCUUGGCAGUACGAACCCCACUGGAUAUACACUAUGGCAUAAUACGUUUUCAUACAAAUUCCCCAGUUUCCUUAAAACUUUGGACAUUUGUAUAAAGUUGUUUAGAGCAUAUGACAUUGAAUAUCCGCCUCAAUCAGCCGAUGUGUGGACAUUUCUGGCUGGGUAUCUUUAUGAGUUUCCCAUCGAACAGCCUUACCUGGUUGCGUUGUGUGCCACUUUGGACAGACUGGCUAAGGCAAAAUGAUUCGAUGCAUUAUUGCUGA